AUGGCUUCGACGACAACAACGACGAGCAGCAAUGGGGCGCACACGGAUACCGCAAUCAUCGCCAUCAAUGUCAUUCUUGCGGUGAUAGCCACCAUCACCUGUGUCGGACGAUUCUGGGCACGAAAGCUCACGGGUUUGGGAUGGGGUCUCGACGACUGGCUGGCGCUGGUCAGUCUGAUCAUCAACCAUGCCUUCUGCGCCACCACUAUCGAGGCUACGGUUCACGGCGGCUUGGGACGAAGCAUCGUUGAUGUGAUGGCUGAAGACCCAAAUCAGCUGAUUACGUUCUUGAAGUGCGUUGUCGUCGCCGAGUUCUGCUACGGCUUCUCCUCGCCCUUGAUCAAGUUGUCUCUACUGGCCUUCUACUGGCGCGUCUUCCCCACGCCGUUCAUGCAAAAGGGCAUCUACACGAUCUCAGCGGCAUGCAUCGGCUGGCUCAUCGCCAUCUUGAUCACGAACUGCUUGCAGUGCCGCCCGCUCGCAUACACGUGGGAACAGACGACGAACCCCGGCGCGGGUACCUGCAUCGACCUGAUUCUCUACUUUGUCGGUAACUCGAUCGCCAACAGUCUCAUCGACAUCUUGACGCUUCUGCUCCCGAUCCGUGAGACCAUGAAGCUACAGGUUAGCUCGAGCAAGAGAAUCGGCAUCUGCUGCGUUUUCGCGCUAGGCAGUCUUGUGGUGGUUGCUAGUCUCGUGCGGUUCGGCUCGUUAGCCUCCCUCUACUCAAUAGGCGUAACAGACAUGACACAGCAAUACGCUCUCAUGUGGACCGCCACCGUCGUGGAGAUCUACAUCGCCAUCAUCGGCGCCUGUGCCGUCACUCUCGUCCCGGUAUACCGCAGGAUCCGUUACGGCACGCCGUGGUCGACCCGGGACCAGAAGUCCAACCAGGUCUCGGGCGGCCCCGCAACCUUCGGAGGUACUGGAGGUAACUCGCGCCCCGGGGUCUCUCACAACUUCAAGCGCUCCGCGAACCACGAGCGUCUGACUACCGGUAACGAUUCUGAGGAGUACUUACACCACGGCAGCGGCAUGAAGUACUCGGUUUCUGGGGCCACCAGCGACAAGCGUGACGUUCUCGGCGAGGACUUGCCCAUGGAUACGAUUGUUGUCCAGAGAGACGUCACGUGGGAGGAGGAGCGGAAGGAGAGGCAGCAUGUUUAG